AUGGCUAAAAUCAAAAGAAAAGGAACUUCAGGUAAUGCUAAAAAUUUCAUCACUAGAACACAAGCCAUUAAAAAAUUACAAAUAUCAUUAGCUGAUUUUAGAAGACUUUGUAUUUUCAAAGGUAUAUAUCCAAGAGAACCAAGGAAUAAAAAAAAAGCAAAUAAAGGAUCAACAGCACCAGUUACUUUUUAUUAUACAAAAGAUAUUCAAUAUUUAUUACAUGAACCAGUAUUAGAUAAAUUUAGACAACAUAAAACUUUUGCCAAAAAAUUACAAAGAGCAUUGGGAAAAGGUGAAAUUUCACAAGCUUCAAAAUUAGAAUCAAAUAGACCAAAAUAUAAAUUAAAUCAUAUUAUAAAAGAAAGAUAUCCUACAUUUUUAGAUGCAUUAAGAGAUUUAGAUGAUCCUUUAAAUAUGUUAUUUUUAUUUAGUAAUAUGCCUGCAAUUGAUAAAGUUUCAUCAAAAAUUAUUGGUGAUGCUGAAAAAUUAUGUAAUCAAUGGUUAGCAUAUAUUGCAAAAGAAAGAUUAUUAAAAAAAGUAUUUGUAAGUAUAAAGGGAGUAUAUUAUCAAGCUAAUGUAAAAGGUCAAGAAAUAAGAUGGUUAAUUCCAUAUAAAUUUCCAACUAAUAUUCCAACAGAUGUUGAUUUUAGAAUAAUGUUAACAUUUUUAGAAUUUUAUUCUACUUUAUUAAAUUUUGUUUUAUUUAAAUUAUAUAAUGAAAGUGGAUUAAUAUAUCCUCCACAAAUUGAUUUUAAAAAAUUAAAGGGAGUUGGUGGAUUAAGUUCAUAUGUUUUACAAUCAAAAGAUGAUAAAUUAAAUAAUAUAAAUGAUCAAUUACUUCAAAGUAAGUCAACGAAAGAGGUAAGUAAUGACGAAAAUGGACAAGAAUUAUCUUCAACUGAACUACAAAAAGCUUUAAAAGCUGAUAAUAUAGGUGAUGAAGAAGAAGAAGUUGAAAAUGAAGAACCCGCCGACGAAGAAAAUAUUGAAGAAAUAGAAUUAGAUAAAUUUACAAAUAAUUCCAAAACAUCAAAAUCAGAUACAUUAAUUCAACCAACAAAAUUUUCAUCACCACAAUCUAAAUUAUUUGAAAAUUUUAUAUUUUAUAUUGGUAGAGAAGUUCCAUUAGAUAUAUUAGAAUUUUUAAUAUUAUCAUGUGGUGGAAAAAUAAUAUCAGAAAUAAUGUUAGAUGAUUUAAAAAUUAAUAAUCCUGAAAUUUUUGCAAAUUUAGAUUUAAAUUCAAUAACUCAUCAUAUAAGUGAUAGGAAUAAGAUUUUACAAAAAGUUCCUGGUAGAACUUAUAUUCAACCACAAUGGAUAUUUGAUUGUAUCAAUGCUAAACAAUUAAAUAAUGUUAAUGAUUAUGCUCCUGGUGAAACUUUACCUCCUCAUUUAUCUCCAUGGGGUGAUUCAAGUGGAUAUGAUCCAAGUUUGAAUAAGAAAGCAUCAAAUGUAGAAGAUGGUGAAGCUGAAGCUGAUGAAGUUGAAGAAGAGGAAGAAGAAGAAGAUGUAGAAGAAGAUGAUGAAGAAAUCGAAGUGGCGUCAGGAGAUGAAGAUCAAGAAGAAGAGGAAGAAGAAGAUGUAGAAGAAGAUGAUGAAGAUCUUAAAGCACAAAAAGAAUUAGAAUUAGAAGUAUCAGGUAAGAAAUUUUCAGAUAUUGAUAAUUCAAAAGAUCAACCAAAAACCAAGAAACAAAAAAUAGUUAAAAAAUUAACAGAAGAUGAAGAAGCAAAAGAAUUAGCUAAAAUAAUGAUGACAAAUAAACAAAAGAAAUUAUAUAAAAAGAUGCAAUAUGGUAUUAAUAAAAAGGAAACAAGAAAUAAUGAAUUAACAUCAAAGAAAAAACAAUUGGAGAAGAAGAAAAAACAACUUCAAUCAAAAAUGAAAAGUUAG